AUGAAACCAAAGCGCGACAUGGGUGAAUUGGUCCACAAAGAAAAUGACAAUGUACCAGGCAAGACUUCGGUAGGUUGUGUGGAUGCCGUCAAUGUUGAGGCGAAGACUCUUGACUGGGGUACGGCCAGGCUCAAUAGUCUUCCCCAGCCGCUCCUCAAUCAGAUGGAUGAAGUAGUCCAUGUCCUGCUCCUCGGAUGCGCUCCAGUCGCCGAAAUCCGUCUCCUCACGAUCAAAGAAGGCCCACAUUAUGAACUCUCUCAGGUUUUCUCGCCGGAUGUCCUGCAGAUCUGCGCCGAGGAACCAACCUUGGAGCACUCUACGCUCGGGCGACGUCAAUGGAGGGGGAUACACGGCUUUGAGGCGCAGGCGAGCCUGGGCUGGCCGCCAAGCCAGAAGGUAGAAGAGGCCCUCUGCAGCCAGGGAGAGUGCCAAUAUGACCGUGGCAAAGAUCUUCCAUGA